AUGGAAUUAGAAUUUCAAAGAAGUUCAAAAUAAUCCCCUUUUUAAAGUUCUAAAGAAAAAUAAAAAUAAAGUAACCAUGUUUCGGCGUAAGGAUAAAAAAACACACCUUGUAAUAAGAGUGCAAUAUUUGCUUUUAAAGAUUAGAAAAUAAAAUUUAGAUUUCCUCUAGUUGAUGAAAAAAUUAGUGAUUUUAAAUUAUUGCAACAAGAAACAUUGGAUGUCCAUCCAUAAAUUAAACAUGCUUAGAAACAAAAAUAACAUUCAAAUAAGUCCAUAAAGAUGGAAGAAGAAAAUAAAGAGAACGUAAAUGAAAUCCUUUUAGAGUCCCCUUUUUAUGAAGUAAAUAAAAUUGAUACAUUCCAACAAUUCAAUCAAAAUUACUAAGAAAAAUUGCAUGAACAAUGA